AUGUCAGCCACAACAACUUUGACGGCGACCAUGGCAGAGUUGAAGCCGGAGCCAGCGCAUAGUAGUCUUUGGUCGAACUAUGGCGGUCCGGUGUCCUUAUCAGCUCGAUUCCCUAAUACCAUGGAGUCGAAUCUUUCGCACCCGUCGACGACAUCUUCUCAACAUCCGGGCCGGCCACGAAGCAGCCACCCGACUAUCGAUCACCCCUACCCGUACCCUAGAUACCCGCAGGAGGAGUCGGAUGGAUUUGACAGAUACCCGCAGCCGUCUCUAACACAACAUCACAGCUUCCCUAACCUAAAGAGGCCUCACCAACCUGGUGAGCACCCGCCGUACCAGGAGAUUGUGCAGGACUUGAGAGACGACGGGUCGAAGCUCACUGUGAACCAUGAUCAUAAGUUGCUCUCUUUCCGGAGAGUUCAGGACAAGCACACCAUCGUCGAUCAGCAUGGGCGAAUGCAGCAGCUUGAACUUACUGCGCAGCUCCACGGCAUGUUCUUUCUCUCGGAAAUGCCUUCGAGUACGAGCGACGGCGCGAUUUUGCAACCUGAGCUAACGUGCUACCGGAGGAACCUGUUUCAGAUCAGUGGCUCGCUCAUCACACCGCGAGGCCAGCUCUCAGUGAUUCUCCCCGAGACGGGCGAAACCGUCCCUGUGAAUAACACCGAAGUAACCAUCUCCGCCAUCGAGUCCGUCGAUGGCCAUCCCGUAAGGCUAAUCGUCAUUCCCUGGAAGACGCCACCGCCGAAUUCUCCGGAACUACCCCAGACCCCGGACCAGGAACCUCCAUCGUUACCACUAAUCCCAUUCCCGGAUGAUGGACAGGAAGCGGAGGGCGAAUAUGCUGUAUACCCUAUCGGGUGGCGGCGGCUGCAGUUCAGAAUGUAG